AAGCCGACUCACCCGGAAAAAAUAUAUACUGCAGAGAAUGAGCGAGAAGAAGCUAAGCAUGCUGUACACGACUGUACCAAGGUUUAGCUGCAGGGUAAAAGUCUGGGUUCUGCUGGUCGUCUGCGUUGGACACUGUUUCCCUGUUGUCUUAGGGACGGAUUUAGCUAUUGAAGCUCAUACUGGGGAGACUGUCACACUGCGCUGCGAUGGAAGAACACUUAAGGACACAGAGGAGCUUCAGUGGAUGUUUAAAAGCCAACCUGCCUCUUCAUAUGCAAAUGGAACCUUGUGUGAAGCUGGACAUCAUAUCAACCGAACCUGGCUUGGAUCCAUCCAGCAGAACAACUUCUCUUUACUUAUUACUGAUGUCACAAAGGAGGAUGAUGGGGUUUACACAUGUCGCAUCAGUGGACAUACAGGAGACAUACAAAGCAUUCGCCUUAUUGUUCUCGAUGCAGAGACUGACCGGGAGCAAAGGGCUGCAGGGACCCAACAAGGAGAUGCAGAGAGUCACCAGGAGCAAAGGGCUGCAGGGACCCAACAAGGAGAGGGUGUGUCCCCCCCCCCCCCACCGCUCCCCAGGAUCAGGUGA